UUUUUUUUUUUUUUUCUUCUAGUUUUUAUUGGUUGGUAUUUUCGUCUGAACCGAGCCAUCCAGAUUGCACGCCUGGCCUGUACAAACAAGCCAGCCCGUCUGUAUAUAGCCGCCGAAGCUAGUUCCCGCCAUCUUGAAGCCAUUACAGACAUGGCGUUUUGUUUAUUUUUGUAACGGUCUCCCUCUUUUUUUCUUUUUAUUAGUUCUUCUUUGGCAGGCUCUGUGCCCGGAGUUUAUUUUUCCAGGGCCUCGCGCUUUAAAACAAUGACGAAUUGCGCGGGACAUCGUGCAAGCUGCGGCAUCCAGGAUAUUUUCUACGAGUUCUCUAUCGGAUGUUGUAGUAGCGUAGCACGAUAAAGAUAAGCCCGGUUGUUGCAGACGACAGAGCGGGGUUAUCGAAAGGAGACGUUGUAAAAUGCCGGCGAAUAAGUUGUCCGUACUCUGCGUGAAGUGCGAUACGCUCGCAAGGACGCGCCGUACCCUCCCUCGCCCCACGCAGUCUCUGUGACUCCCGCCGUCUGCAACAAGUGCCGCGAGCCUUGCGGCGACGCGGUCGGAGAGGGCGAGGGGACCACUUCUAAUGAAAGUUUUUUUGUUUUUCUUUUCUCCCUCCGGGUUGAGUUUCGCCCAAGCGUCGCAAAGAGCCCGUCGUUUUAUUUGAUUUAUUUAGCUGUAAACGCGCGGCGAACGCUCUCAAGGUUGUCUCCGCAAAGUUUGUCUCCAUCAUCGACGUCGGUCUCGCUCGUCCCCCUGAAUGGCGGCUGCGCAUGGCUUCUUCUCUCGCCGCCAUUUUCCGCUCCUCCGAGUCGUCACGUGACAACUUGCGCGGUUCGUGUCACGUGACUUUCAAUCGGACCAAUGGGACGCUCCGCAUUCUCCCGCGUUGACGGAGCGGCACCUGCUGUUGAGGCUAAAUCCACGCGCCGUCUGCUUUUGUAUGUGGAUACAUUUUUCGUUUUCUCGCUACGGAGAAGGGAAGGGAGAGGCGAGCAGAUGAGCGCGUUAGUUCUGCCGCCGGCCGCUGCGUAGCGCCACGUUUGCGGAGUGGCGCUGGGGUCGCGUGUACCCGCCGUGCACCGCGCGUUGCCGUCUGCUCUGCGGGCCGACUUGGUUUCCUAGGCGCUUUUCCUUCAUAGCCUGCCAAGUCACUUCGCUCUCGAUCGUUCUUCCUAGCGGUCCGUCCGCCUUCCCCCCUUUUUUUUCUUUCGCUGUCAAGUAUAUAUUAUAUUUUUUUCUCCACCGAAUCUCUCUCUAUUAGUCUUCCCUGUGGAAACCCACCUAAGACACCUUCGUAACCUUAUCAUUUUUUUUUCUUAGCCACAAAGGCACCGCGCGAGCGAAUACAACUACAACAAAACAAGUGGCUUUGCUUCUACUCCGCUGCUGGACUCGGUGAACAUCAUCAGCUCUUCAUCUUUUCCUGGCCUGACUGUUUUUCUUCCCAAAAGAAAGAAGCCGUUUCUCGUCUGCGGGUUUAUGUCUGUUCGGGCGCCGUGGAUUGUCGUCGUUGGAACGUAACAGCGGACUUGUCAGAAGCUAAGGAUCCCUACUCGCCUGUCGACGACCGUUCGCGUGGCUUCAUCGCUGUGGUGUGUGACAUCUGUGUGGUUUUCGGUGUUUUUGUGACUGUCGUGCGCGAAUCCGGCGGCAGGUUUGUUCGUUGACGAGAGCCGGAACCCUCCCUCUUUGAGAUCUGCGAAGUUUGUGCGAAGAAACUGGUUGCUACGGGCCAAAGCAGAGUUGGAAGAUUUCGGCCUUGGGAGGAACGCCGGUGUCGUUGAAUUCGACGAAUUCUCGUCGUCGAUAGACUGAGGGUACUUUCGAUAUAUUUUUGGUUGUGUUUCCCACACCGGUGAAUCGUGGAAGUUGUUGAAAAGUGUUGAAAACGAGCAGGCCGAGGAAGAACAAAACAUCGCUUUGGAGUGUCAAGCGGGAUCGUGCGUACUCCAUACUGCGACGGCGUCUUCGGCAUCUUCGGCGAGUGAGCUGCGAAGGCGAAGGAAUACCGACGACUGGCUUCACGUAGUUUUUUUGUUUUUCUUCUUCCUCACGACCUUAUAUUUAUAAUCUUUCUUCUUUUUUUUUCUUCGUGAGGUGCAGUUUUUGUUGCAUUUUUUUACCCCUCUCGCUUGCCCCUGCGACCUGUACCACCAGCCGCGUUCGAAGAAAAAGCAGCAUGCGCGGUUCAGACGAGCUGCUGACGCAGAACAGCGCUGUGAGCAAUGGCUCCAUUAUGAGUCCGCAGAACAAUCACAGCGACAACAACAAUGACGCCAAGAAGGUUAAACUGGACACCAACAGCAAAUCCGGCCUGGGCAAGCCGUCGCGGGUGGUCCACAUCCGCAACAUUCCCAACGACGCUACAGACACGGACAUCGUCCACCUGGGCAUUCCUUUCGGCAAGGUGACCAACGUGUUGCAGCUCAAGGGCAAGAAUCAGGCGUUCCUCGAGAUGUCCGACGAGGCUUCGGCCGUGUCCAUGGUGGACUACUUCACAAAGGCGUCUCCGACCGUCCGAGGUCGCGUGGUCUACGUCCAGUUUUCCAACCACCGGGAGCUCAAGACUGAGGGCAUGCAUGGCAAUUUGGUUGCACAAGCGAACCAGGGAGAGUCUCCGGGCGGCUCGAACACGGUCCUUCGGGUGGUGGUGGACAACCAGAUCUAUCCCGUGUCUCUGGACCUGCUGCACGGCAUCUUCAGUCGGGCGGGAAAAGUCCUCAAGAUCGUCACCUUCACCAAAAGCAACACAUUCCAGGCCUUGAUUCAGUUCAGCGACGUGAUGGGAGCCCAGGCGGCCAAGCUGGCGCUGGACGGACAGAGCAUCUACAACGCCUGCUGCACGCUGCGCAUCGAGUACUCGAAGCUGACCAACCUGAAUGUCAAGUACAACAACGACAAGAGCCGGGACUUCACCAACCCCACCCUGCCCACGGGGGACCCCACGCUGGACAACCUCGGCCUCGCAGGUUCGUUGGGUAUUCUGGCGUCCCCGUUUGCUGCCGGCCCGGGCCUAGGCUCCCCACUAACCGCUGCCUAUGCUGCCAGCGCAACAGCAGGCCUUCCGCUGGGCGGCUUUGCCCUGUCGCCCUCGAAUCCGUCUGCGGCUACGGCCCUGGGAAUGGCCGGCAUCCGGCUUCCCGGCCAGGGCACCGCGAGCUGCGUGCUCCUGGUGUCUAACCUGAACGAGCAGAUGGUCACGCCAGACGCUCUCUUUACCCUUUUUGGUGUCUAUGGUGAUGUGAUCAGGGUCAAAAUCCUCUUUAACAAGAAGGACAGUGCCCUGAUUCAGAUGGCCGAGCCACAGCAGGCACAGCUGGCCAUGAGCCACCUCGACAAAAUCAAGGUGCAUGGGAAACCGGUGCGGGUAACACCCUCCAAGCACCACAUCGUCCAGUUGCCCAAAGACGGACAGCCCGAUGCGGGCUUGACCAAAGACUACAUCAGUUCUCCGCUGCAUCGCUUCAAGAAGCCCGGCUCCAAGAACUACCAGAACAUCUAUCCCCCGUCGGGCACCCUCCACCUCUCCAACAUACCUCCAACGGUGUCGGAGGAGCAGAUCCGGGAAGCCUUCACGCAGACCGGCGGCACCGUGGUGGCCUUCAAGUUUUUCCCGAAAGACAGGAAAAUGGCUCUCAUCCAAAUGAGCUCCAUCGAAGAGGCUGUCACCGCUCUCAUCAAAAUGCACAACUACCAGCUGAGCGAUUCCAAUCAUCUGCGUGUGUCCUUCUCCAAGUCGACAAUCUGAGCGGGGCGCGGCAUGGUGUCGUCGUCGUUCUCCGUCGUCGCUGCCUCCGUCUUAAAAAUGCAAAAAGAAGCCCAUCGUCAUUAGCUUGUGGGUGGGGAUGAGGGGAAUCUGUUCUUUGUUUUGUAUCUUUUUUUUUUUUUUUAAGAGAGGAAAAAAAACAUGGGAGUGUGGGAAAGGGGGCCAUGCUGGUUUGUGGCCUCACCCACAGGACUUCGUACGGGAUUGGGAAAAAGGGGGGGAAAAAGUGUAUGUACCUCCGUUUUCCUUUUUUUUUUAAUCCCGAGUUAAUUUUCUUUCCUCGUACGUGUUGUGUUUCCCCCCUCUUUUUUUCUCCUUUCAUUGCCCUGGUUAUAAUAAUACCGCUUCACUACUGGCCCUUCAUAAGAUGAGUUAACUUUAUCUCUCUUUUUUUCCCGCCGUUUCCUUCUAUUUGUAAAGACCGGACGUUUCUCGUGUUUUCUACCGUCUCUUUCUCAACUGGGGAGUCUUUCCCGUUCUUUCGCUUUUAUUUUCCGUAACUAUUUCCCGUUCUGAGGUUUCUAAGGCGACCUAUGCAGUGCCUCUUCGUAAACAAAAACAUAUAAGAAAAAACAAACAGGAUUUCCAGGGUGUGCAUUCGUGUAAUUUUUUCGAAUCUUUGUAAUUUCUCCAUAGGAGAUUGGCAGGGUGUAGUUACUAUUUUUUUCUUUUGCCUCCCUUUUUUGUUAAAUUUUUUCUCGCUUUGUCUUCAGUUUGCUUAAAUUACUGUUUUUUUUUUGGUUUUUUUUUGCUUAGACGUUGACAGAAGAUCCAAACUUUGUUGCUCUUAAAAAAAGAAAAAGGCGCAACAGAAGAAGCCUUAAAUUUGCUUUAGCACUUGACUUUUGUUUGCUCUUUUUUUUUUUGUGUUUGUGUGUGCCACCAAAUUCCAGAAGGCGGGCCUUACUUGGGUGUCUGUACAUACAGAAUCGUGGUGGUAAUUACUUUUUCACUUUCUGGGACGUUCACUUGCUCGGCACCGUUGGCAAUGGAUGCACCUGGGGACCAAUUGCCCGAUAUUUUUUAUCGUUUUCGUUUCCGUUCUUUCUCUUUUCUGCGCGCUCUUACGUUUAUUUUUCUACUCCCCCUUUUUUCCCGCGUUCUCCACGCGCCCUAACGCCGACGAGUUUGUCCGGACGCAAAACAGAGCAGAGUCUUGCCGUUUUUUCUUUACUGGCCGCUCUCCCCCAACGCCCGAAUCUUCUAGCAUUCCAACAGUUCCUGUAUUAUCAUUAUUAUUAUUAUUAUUAUUCCUAGUACUCUUACUAUCAGCCAUUACUCCCUUGUCGGUUUUCGUUCCUUAUUUUCGAACUUGUAUAAUAUUUCUCGCCAAUCAAUUUGGUGCGGCUCAGAGGUUAUCUUUUUUGUUUGUUUUAGUAUCGGUGGCUGUAGAUCUGAUGUGCGAACAAAAAAAAAAACUUUUUUCCCCCUCCAUGUAUUAUGAGGCGUACGGUAAAACCGGUGGGUCGGUUUUUCCUGAGCCACUUUUUAUACUACCGGGAGUCGAGUACUGCGAAUAAAAACCAGAAACGAACGAUCCCUUUUUUUUUUUUUAAACAACUGCCGUGUAUUGCCGCCACUACCGUCGAGUGUGAUCGGUUUGUCUCUGCGAGAUUUCCAGUGCCGCGCCGAUUUUUCGGGAAGCCGAUCUUCGGGGUGCCGAUCGGCGUUACGCCGUCGUCGGCUUUUCGAUGUGAUAAAAGCUACGGAGCAGCCGCAACCGAACAACAAAGACCACUCUUUGCAUCUUUUUUUUUUUUUUUUCCCCACUCUUACACGACGCCUGCUGCGCUGGCUGCUUCGUUGUUGCUUCUCUCGCGCUCGUCUUCUGUCGGUUUAUGCAGGGAGGAAAGAACCUUACAGGGUCUCUUAUAUAGAAGUUUUGUAGCUUUCUACCGCAGUUACCGAAUGUAUACAUUUGCUCCCUCGAGGGAUGUGCUGUUUUUUGCGAGCUUUGCCCUACCGGUUUUUGUUUCUUUUUUACUCGCAAGUUUUUUUGCGCAUAGGGUGCUCUGCCGUUCGACCGAAAUUUCUCGUUUCCCGGGGUGCGCGAAAGAAAAAGGGAACCCCACGUUGUUAUGCACAGACUUGUUUUUGCUUUCUCCGCACGGGCGUGCCACAUAUCACAGCACCGGAACCGAACAACUAGGCUGGGCGUGUUGGCGAGAGUACUACUACUACUGCUACUAUUAUUACUACUACUACUAUACACACACACACUAUAUGCCACACGAUAUACAAAUGGGAUCACGGAAUAUGAGUCUAUUUUUUAAACGUGCGUAGAGUGUAUACAUUUAGCGAGUUGUUAACGACCACGUCGAGUCGCGUCCUCGGAGUCGUCAGCGCGUUCCCUCUCUGGCGAGGACGGAGCUUUACGACUGCCGCUUUGGCGACUGAAUCGUCGGCACGAAAGUGGCGUGCUGACCAACGACCAAUGGGAUUAGAGUAGGGAACGGCGGCGGAGGGUCGAUUGAUUGUUGAACGAGGGUAUGGCGACCUCCUGGCCGUAUUAGUUUUUUUUUCGGAGGACUCAAAGUAGAACCGAAUAGACACUCGGUCGCCUUUUUGAGUGCAGAAGGUUGGGUCGGUGCAUUUGUAUUCUUUCUUUCCCUGUUUUCCCUCAACUUCCCCGUACUGCGGGUUCCUGAAACUUGGCUGCCGUUAUUAAUCGCCUGUUUGGGGUCGUCCCAUUCUUCUUUUUUUUUUCUUUUCUCUUAACCAUGGUGGUUUUGUUGGCCUCAUGUAUGAGCUGACCGGGAUCUGUGUGUCUCUGUGUGCGCAUUUUUUUUUUGUAUUCUCUGGGAAAUUUCUUGAGCUUCCCUUUUUUUCCCUAAUCAAUUAUAAACAUCUCUGUGGACAUGUGUGUUUGUCUCUCUUGGGUAUUCUCCUUGCAUAUGGGCUCCCUGUCCUCUUAUUUUUUGCUAUGUAUCCUUUCUUCUCUGGGAUUAAAAGAAGUAUCUGUA